AUGCAUUGUAGGCUUCGUCAUGUGACACCGGUUCUUGCAUCUGCAUACACCUUCGGCUUCUCCUGCAGUUGGCUCCACGGCCUGUUGCAGCGAGUAUCCGAGCGACGGAACAGCGUCAUGAGAAAGCCCCUGGCGAUGGUGAAGUGCAUCUUCGCGCUUCUGUCGAUCUGUGUGGCACAGCCUCAUCAGGCAACGACUGCAAGAUACCACGAGCAGCUUCAGGAUCAUUUCGACUUGGAGAACAACAGCACGUGGCCGCAAGCAUACUACGUGAAUGCUACGUAUUGGAGGCCGGGCAGCAGGUCACCUGUCUUCCUUUGUGUUGGUGGAGAGGGUCCGCCCCUGGAUAGCUCUGUUGUCGUUCACUCAGUUCAUUGCAAUCUUGCGGUGGAAUGGCUUCGAGAGAAGCGAGCAUUGAUGUUCGCCUUGGAGCAUCGGUAUUACGGUUGCCACAACCGUUCUGCAUGUCCCGUAAGCGAUCUCGAUGCUCCAGACUCUCUGCGGUAUUUGUCUUCACGGCAAGCCGUUGAAGACAUCGCUCACUUUGUGAGGGCCAUGAACGUCGAGUACAAGCUGACAAGCAGCAAUCUUUGGAUAACAUGGGGUGGGAGCUACCCGGGGAUGCUAGCGGGCUGGUCUCGGCUGAAGCAUCCAGGCCUGAUCCACGCCUCCAUUGCAUCUUCUGCACCCGUUUCAGCGACCUACGACAUGCCCCAGUACUUGGACCACGUGGCUUACGCCUACACAGUGUCGGACGAAGGUGUGGGAGGAAGCCUUGCUUGCAGAGACUCAAUCAGAAAGGGACAUGCAUGGGUCGAAGGCAGAUUCCAAGCAGGCGAUCUAAAGGCCAUCACUGAGAAGUUUGAUUUAUCUCCAGAGAGCCUCUCUUCCCAGGACAGUCGCGUCGCCUUCGCCGCCAGCGGUGUGGCUGACUUUCCUGCCCAGGAAAACGACCCCCUCUGUGCAGAGCCGGGCUGCAAUAUUGCCACAAAGUCUGCGCCAUCAUGA